UUCGUCCACCUCGGAAGUUUUAGCUCUCAACUUUUAGGGCGAGCAGCCUGAAACCCUUCCUCCUCCCUCGGGGUCGCGGAACCUCGACUAUGGCGGAAGAGCUCCCGGGUAGCAACCCCCAACAUUCCAAAGGCGACGAGGCUGCCGAAGAAGACAUGGAAGUCGAGACGAGCCCCGUCCGGGACCAGCCCGACGGUGCCGAGAAUGCGGCGGUUAAUGGUGGUGGCGGCUCGAAGAGGGGAAGACAGAAGGAAGCGGCGGCCGAGGGACUCGAGGAAGGCGCUGUCUCGAAGAAGCCGAAGGUUGAGAAGAGAUCCUUUGAGGAAGAAAGGAUGGAGAAAGUUGAAGGGAAGGGAGAAGGGGGAGCUGAUAUGGAGGAGUUCGAAGGUGACAAGGCGAGAUCAUUUGAUGAAGAAAGGAUGGAGAAGCUUGAUGGGAAGGGAGAAAGGGGUGAGGAUUCGGAGGGGGGAGACGGUGACGACAAGGAGGCGUUCGUAGGCGACAAGGCGAGAUCAGUCGAGGAAGAACGGAUGGAGAAAGUUGAAGGGAAGGGAGAGGGGGCCGAGGAUUUGGAGGGAGGCGGUGACGACGAGAAAGAGUUCAAAGGAGAAGAAGAAGGGGGAGGGGAUUUGGAGGAGGGAAGAGGUGACGUUGAGAAGGAAACCUCCGACGUGAGCGUCGGCCCGAAGGUCUUUACCUCCUCGGUCGAGAUGUUCGAGUACUUCUUCAAGUUGCUCCAUUCCUGGUCACCAAAUCUUGAUCUCAACAAGUAUGAGCACAUGGUGUUGCAUGACUUGCUGAAUAAGGGGCAUCCAGAGCCCACUAAGAAGAUUGGAGUAGGUAUCCAAGCAUUCCAGGUGCGCUACCAUCCGGCCUGGAAAAGCAGGUGCUUCUUCGUUGUCCGAGUUGAUGAAACAAUAGACGACUUCAGCUUCCGUAAAUGUGUCGACAACAUACUGCCCUUGCCCGACAACAUGAAAGCCCGACUGUCAUCGGGUGGCAAUAAGGUGACGGAUCAUAAGAAAGCAUGGAGCAAUCAGAAGGGAGGCCGUGGCAAUAGGGGGCGAGGAGGAAGAGGUGGUGGUGGUCGUGGCCGUGGCCGUGGUGGAAAAAAGGGAGGAGGGUUCAAGAAAUAAAUCUCAGCUGUUUUUGCUCAUGGUAGCGGUUGACCUACUUAUGUUUGAAAAUCUUACCAUUUUUGGACUCCCUUGGGUUUUUGAAUCGAAAUGUUUUUAAUGGUGGUUUGUAAAUUGGGAUGCCUUUCUAUCCUGCAAUUUAAUUCAAGAGCUUCAGCGUCUCCCUUAA